AGCGGCACAUUAGCCGAGUCUGUGUUACAGAUGUUUACUGCGCAGUUAGACUAAUCCCGUUCCGCUUCAACAACUGUGAUCGAUUUGUUUGUUCUGCAGAAGCAUGGCGGCGCGGCGACAGAACACCCGGCCCGCAGUCAGCGGUCCGAGUCCGGCUGCCGUCUUUACUCCCCGCUAACAUGAGUCAGGACGCGUAAAGCGACUCCAGAGGCCGGUAUCAUGAUGAGUCUGCAGAAAAUCAGCCGCGCGUUGAGGCUGCAGCCGCUCCGGGAGCUGGGCCGUCAGUACCCGCUCUUCUGCUUCCUGCUGCUGGUGCUGCUGCUGUCCACCGUACUGCUCAACAGAUAUAUUCACAUCAUCAUGGUGUUUUGGUCCUUCCUGGCUGGUGUCGUCACUUUCUACUGCUCUUUGGGACCUGAAUCUCUCCUGUCAAACAUCUUCAUCUCCAUCAAACCCAAGACAAAGUCGUACCAACAGGAGCUCUUUCCGCUGGGCCACAGCUGUGCGGUUUGUGGAAAAAUCAAAUGCAAAAGGCACAGACACACUUUAUUACUGGAAAACUACCAGCCGUGGCUUGACCUGAAAGUUCCCUCGAAAGUGGAUGCGUCUCUAUCAGAGAUUCUGGAGCUGGUUUUGGAAAAUUUUGUGUAUCCUUGGUACAGAGAUGUCACAGAUGAUGAGGCGUUUGUCGAUGAGCUGAGGGUGACUUUACGCUUCUUUGCUGCUGUGUUGGUCCGUCGUACCCAGAAGGUGGAUGUCGCGUCCCUCAUCACACAAAAACUUCUUAAAGUUUCCAUGAAGCACAUUGAAAUAAUCAGUAAAGCGCGGCAGAAAGUAAAGAACAGGGAGUUUCUUCAGCAAGCUGCCUUGGAGGAGUACGGCACUGAUCUGCACGUCGCUCUUCGCAGCCGCAGAGACGAGCUUCUACUUUUCUGGUUGUGUGUGGUUUCUGGUUCUCACUGCUUUCACCAAGACUGUGCAGAGUAUUUAUUAAUUUACAUAUUUAUUUUCCCUUUGUGUGUCAUGCAGUAUUUCCGCCAGCUUCUGAGGGGGGCCGAGUCCCCUACGAGGAAUUCUAAGAUGAGCAGAAAUAGCCUCAGUUUGGAUGACAUCCGUUCCUGGGACUGGAGUCCCAUGUCCCCGUCCUCUCUGUUCACCGCCUCUGGCAGCUCUUCACCUGCAUCUUUUAACUCCCUCCAUGUCCAGCCCACGUUCACAACUUUCCCAUCCGGCUCGUUAUCCUACCGCCACUCGUCACCCAAGAACACGUCAAAAAGGGGCGAGUCCUUUGGGAUCAGCCGCAUUGGAAGUAAGAUCAAAGGAGUUUUCAAGAGCACCACCAUGGAGGGAGCCAUGCUGCCGUCCUACGGGCUGGUGGAGGGAGAAGAUGAUAUGGUAGAAGAAGCCAUGAUGGUUCUCGAGGAUGACUCCCCCAUGGAGGCAGUGUCCACCCCCAGCACCCCUCGUAACCUCUCAGCCUGGAGCAUAACCAUCCCUUACAUUGACUUCUAUGAAGACGAUGUGAAGAGGGAACGGAUUCCCGUCUUCUGUAUCGAUGUAGAGCGCAAUGACCGGAAGGCAGUGGGUCAUGAGACUGAGCAUUGGUCUGUGUACAGACGAUAUCUGGAGUUUUAUGUCCUGGAAUCAAAGCUCACAGAGUUUCACGGCUCAUUUCCAGAUGCACAGUUGCCUUCCAAGCGACUCAUCGGUCCAAAGAACUAUGAAUUUCUCACGUCCAAGCGGGAGGAGUUCCAGGAGUACCUGCAGAGACUUCUGCAGCACCUGGAGCUCAGCAACAGCCAGCUGCUGGCAGACUUUCUGUCCCCUUACAGCAUGGAGUCUCAGUUCCUGGACAAGAUGCUGCCUGACGUCAACCUGGGGAAAAUCAUUAAGGCUGUUCCCAGCAAACUGAUAAAAGAAAAAGGGCAACAUCUGGAGCCAUUCAUCCAGUCCUUCUUCAACUCCUGCGAGUCUCCCAAACCCAAACCCAGCCGGCCAGAGCUCACCAUUCUGAGCCCCACCUCGGAAAACGAUAAAAAGCUUUUCAACGACCUGUUCAAAAACAAUGCCAACCGAUCGGAGACGGCCGAGAAGAGGCACAAUCAGAACUAUUUCAUGGAAAUGAUCAGUAUUGAGGGCGUGUAUGACUACUUAAUGUAUGUUGGUCGUGUGGUUUUCCAUAUCCCCGACUGGCUGCACCACUUGCUAAUGGCUGGAAGAAUCCUCUUCAAGAAUACACUGGAGGCCUAUACAGAUUACUACCUCCAGUACAAACUGAACCAGGUGGUCCAGGAGCACCGCCUGGUCUCACUUAUCACGCUGCUCAGAGACACUGUCUUCUGUGAGAGCAGUCAACCUCGCUCAGCCCUUGACAAACAGAAGAGGGCAAAGAAGACAUUUGACGAGAUGAUGAGCUACAUUCCAGACCUAUUGGGGAAAUGCAUUGGAGAAGAGGCUAAGUAUGAAGGAGUACUCCUCCUCUUUGAUGGGCUGCAACAACCAGUUCUCAACAAACAGCUGACGUAUGUACUUUUGGACAUCGCCAUUCAAGAACUUUUUCCUGAGCUAAACAAGCCGGCGCAGAAGGAGACGUCUGUGAUGGCUCCAUGGAUGUAAACGGUUCAGUGGACAUGAACGUGAUUACCAGUUGAUAUUCAGACCACACUUAAGUGCGGAGAUGCUCGUUGUUCCAGAAAUUUCCGGUAACUGCCCUCCUGGUUUGGAUGUAGGAAAAAAAACCUGCUGAUUUUUCUCCUUCUCUGUAAAAUAAACUACAUAUCCUGUAA